GUGGUUUUGGAUCCCGUGCUAGGAAUGCACAUGAAACCUCAUCAAAUCGCAGGCACCAAAUUUUUGUACAAGAAUUUGAUGACAAAACAUCCAAACUCAAUAGUUUCGGGCUGUAUUUUGGCCGAUGAAAUGGGUCUCGGAAAAACAUUACAGAGUAUUGCACUUAUUUGGACCCUUAUGAAGCAAUCUCCAUUUUCCCUUACCGAUCCAAUAGUUCGAAAAGCAAUAAUUGUCUGCCCUUCUUCAUUGGUCUUCAACUGGGCAAAUGAAAUUAAAAAAUGGUUGGGGGAUCAACGCUUAAGUGCUCAAGCCAUUACCAAAGGUGGAACAAACGCAUCAAACGAUGUAAAUGAUUUUGUGAAGGGAAAUGUGAAACGAGUUCUCAUCAUUAGCUACGAUAUGCUGAGGAGGCAUAUUCAAAUGCUCUCAAGGUAUCAAAACAUUCAACUUGUCGUGUGUGAUGAAGGUCAGAAAUUGAAGAAUAUUGAUGGAAACAAAACAAUUGACUCCUUGAAUGCACUUCCUUGCAAAAUGAGGAUUCUUCUCUCUGGAACUCCCGUACAAAACGAUCUUGACGAGUUCUAUGCUAUGGUGAACUGGGUUUGUCCUGGUACUUUAGGUGCACCAAAACAGUUUCGGAAGAUUUUUGCAGAUGCAAUUAUCAAAAGCCGAGACAAAAGUUGUUCCAAGGACUUGCAGAGGAUUGGCAAGAAAAGGCUCAAGGAACUCAUUAAGCGAACUUCUCCUAUUGUUUUGAGACGAACGUCUAAAGACAUUGUAGCUCAGAUGCCCCCAAAGUACGAAAAAGUUAUAUUUUGCCGGCCGAGCCCUUUGCAAAAGAAAAUUUACAAAUCUCUUCUGAGUAGCUCUGAGCUGAAAAAAGCAAUAGAAGGUAAUAGCGGGCAGGUUGUCUUUACAAUCAUCUCCAAAUUGACCAAGGCCUUAAAUCACCCAGAUUUAGUGACAGCAAAUCAAAUCGAGGAUGAGCAAAACAACAACUCGAAUAUCUCGCUGAAAUUUGACAUCAACACCCGCGAAUUCUUUCCUUCUUCAACCAAUGAUCGAGUUGUAAUUGUUUCAAAUUACACCACUUCAUUGGACUUAGUGGAUACUAUCUGCAAAAAGCUAUCGUACAAGACUGUUCGUCUAGAUGGAAGUACAGAGAUCUCAAAAAGAAGUGACAUUGUUUCUUCUUUCAAUAACCCAAGCUCUGGAAUUUUCGUUUUCUUGUUAAGCUCAAAGGCUGGAGGAGUUGGUUUGAAUCUCAUUGGAGGCAAUAGAGUUAUUCUGUUGGAUCCUUCUUGGAAUCCAGCGCAUGACUUGCAGGCGAUGGCUCGGGUAUGGAGAUUUGGUCAACCAAAACCAGUCUUUGUGUAUAGACUGCUAACCACAGGCACUAUUGAAGAGCGGAUCUUCCAGAAACAAAUACGAAAAGGAGAGUUAGAAUCUCUUAUCAUGGACGAUGUUGGCGAUGCAAAUCGUCAUUUUGACCAAGGUGAUCUGAAGGAUAUCUUUAUUUUUUCAGAGAACACAUCUUGCGAUACCUAUGAUUUACUUGCACCAACCUUGGGGAAGCCCGAC